AUGCUGGGCCCUCGAGCUUUCCUCCAUCGCGAACCUAAGGUCAACGGCGAACAACUCUUCAUCUCCCUCUCCGGCUCGAACCCCAAGUACACCGCCAGCGCAAACACCGUCUCCGUAUCCACCAACACCAACCUCUCCCCCUUGGCCAAGGAUCCCAUCCCCGGCCACGUCUCCGAGCCCGGCCCCUCCUUACACGUCCCCCUUAUCAUUCUCCUCAAACCCAAAUCCCUUUUCACAACCUCAGACACCACCGCCCUCGGCAGCGCCCUCAUUCUCGGCUCCACCCUUUCAAACAUCGCCCUUUCAUCAAACACCUCCAUGCCGCUCAAGUUGCGCAGCGAGGGAACCUGAAAGGACUCGCUCGCAAACUCCACCGUUAUCGGCCACGGCCACCC